AUGGGUGGGGAAGAGACAAAGGAGCUUUAUGAUGCUUUUCUUAAACUGAAACAAAGAAGUAAAUGUGAGAGAAAGAAGGUGUUGCUGUCAUUUGAAGAUGUGGCUGUGGACUUGUCCCUGGAGGAAUGGCAGAACAUGGACAGUGCCCAGAGGACCCUGUACAGGGAUGUGAUGCUUGAGACCUAUAGCAAUCUGCUGUCCGUGGGGUACUACAUAAAAAAACCUGAUGUGAUCUUCAACUUGGAGCAAGAAUCACUACCAUGGACUGUGGAAAAAUCUGUAAACCAGCAGCUUCCAGAUCCUUACACAAAGAAUGAGUUGCUUGGAACCAAUCAGGAAAAUCAAGAAACCACUUUCAGGCAACCUGAUGAAAUGUCUCUUGGGAAAAGGCAUGUCUCUAAUGUACCUGAGAACAAAUUCCAAUGUGGGGAAAAUCUCAGUCAGCAUGACAAGGCAUACACUUGUAAGCCGUCUUUUGAACACAAUGGGAAACAAAAGCCUUUCAGCAGGAAGAUGUUCGUUACGUGUGAGAAAAUUUGUAUCAAAGACCCAUGUAAUGACCCUAUCAUUGUAGGAGAAACCAAUCAGCAUCAGAAAAUCCACACAGGGGUAAAAGCUUAUGAAUGUAAUGAGUGUGGAAAAGGCUUUUACCACCAUUCAGGGCUCAUUAGUCAUCAGAGAAUUCAUACAGGGGAAAAACCUUAUAAAUGUAAUGAAUGUGGAAAAGCUUUUGGUUGGAAGUCACACCUAAUUGAUCAUCAGAGAAUCCACACAGGGGAAAAACCUUAUAAAUGUAAUGAGUGUGGAAAAGCUUUUUGUCAGAAGUCACACCUAAUUGCACAUCAGAGAAUCCACACAGGGGAAAAAGCUUACAAAUGUUGUGCGUGUGGGAAAGCUUUUACUCGGAAGGGAUCCCUAAUUACACAUCAGAGAAUCCACACGAGAAAAACCUUAGGAAUGUAG